AUGGAUGAGAAAUCUUCUGAUAUAGAUACCGCAGAUGAUAUUGAUGAUAGUGGAGAUGAAUCUUCUUCCUCUACUUCUACAACUACAACUACUACAACUACAAAUACAAACAAUAAUAAUUUAACGUCAUCUAGUGUAAACAACAACAAUGACAAUACUUCACAACAAUUACAAACACCAAUAGUUAAGCUUAGAGAGAAAUCAGAGGUACUUGCAGAGAUCGAUUCACUGGUGGAAGAGAAACAGAAUAUCGAAAGCAAGAUUGCAUCGCUUGAACGACAGAUCUAUGCGUUGGAAGGUCGCUAUCUGGAGGAAACUCAUCAUAUUGGUAAUGUAAUUCGUGGUUGGGAUGGUUAUGUCUCUGGUAGUGGUGCACUAAAGAAACUAAGAUGGCGUGAAGUCGAUCGAUUAUUCUCAACGUCCUCUGUUACAUACCAAAAUUCUGUUAAUGAUAAAAAUGCAACCGAUAGUAAUUUGAAAGAAGAAGAAGAAGUUAUAAAAAGAAAGAAAACAACAGAUAAACUUAAAAAAAGGAAUGGUUAA